AUGAGCUCCUCGUCCAGCGCUGCGGCCGCUUUGGGCCCGAGUGUACGUAGUGCCAUAUUAUGGGCCGUGUAUGCACGGUUUACAAUAGGUUGCGUACUUCUCUUGGGGUUUGGGUAUCUGUACAUAACAGACACACGGGCAAGCAUACAUCAGUGGGUGGUUGUACCUACACUUCGCAUACUGCACACGGAUCCGGAGGAGGCACAUCACGCGGGCAUUCGCUAUAUCAAAGGUCUCUAUAACUUCAACUUACACCCUCGUGAGCGUGGUGAUCAUGACCGGCGAAAGGGCGAUUUGCAGAUCGAGGUGUUCGGAUACACACUGGACAAUCCAGUAGGCACGUCAGCGGGCAUAGACAAGAAUGCGGAGAUACCUUCCGCGCUGCUGGCGCUUGGUCCAGCGAUCGUUGAAGUUGGCGGAGUGACGCCGAUGCCGCAAACAGGCAACGACAAGCCACGAGUCUUCAGAAUACCUUCACAGAAUGCUUUGAUCAACCGUUACGGGCUCAACUCGGAAGGCGCCGAGCAUGUCGCUAUGCAGCUGCGAGAACGUGUUCGGCAAUUUGCGUACGACCAUGGUCUCGGGCUCGAGCCUGAGUCGGAGCGGAUCGUGCUCGACGGCGAAGCAGAGGUGCCACCAGGAAGCCUCGUACCUGGGAAGUUACUUGCCGUGCAGAUAGCGAAGAAUAAGGCGACGCCGGACAAUGAUAUCAAUGCCGUCGCCAACGACUACGUGCAGUGCGUCAACAUGCUAGGCAAAUACGCAGACAUUCUUGUCGUCAACGUCUCGUCACCAAAUACACCAGGCCUUCGGGACCUGCAAGCGACCGAACCCUUGACCAAGAUCCUCACAGCAGUUGUAGGAGCCGCAAAAGCCACGCCACGGAAAGGAAAGCCAGCGGUUAUGGUAAAGGUAUCACCGGACGAGGAUAGCGAUGAACAAAUCGGCGGCAUCUGCUCCGCCGUUGCAGCAGCUGGCGUAGACGGUGUCAUUGUCGGCAACACGACCAAGAAGCGUCCAGAUGCAGUACCGGUGGGCUACAUCAUGCCGGCGCAUGAGGAGAAGCUGCUUACCGAGAUUGGAGGGUACUCCGGCCCGCAGAUGUUCGAGCGAACGCUGAAGCUGGUUAAGCGGUAUCGCUCGAAGUUGGAAGACUCGAAAGUACUGUUCGCAACGGGCGGGAUUACGAAUGGCAAGCAGUGUCUUGAGAUAUUGAACGCUGGUGCUAGCGUUUGCCAGAUGUACACUGCGAUGAUGUACGGCGGCGUUGGUACGGCUACGAGGUGGAAGCAGGAGAUGCGCGAGGCGAUGAAGCAGGGAAAGAAGAGCAUCCAGUAA